CGGCCAGGCAGAGGCCGCUUGCGUGGCGUGGGUUGGGUCUAGCCUUGGGGGGGGGGAGGGGCGGCUGGCAUCCGGCAGGAAUGGCGAGGCUGGCUCAGGCCACCCUGGCCCGGAGGCAUCCCUGGAAUGUGGAUGCUCAGCACCCGCCCCCUCGGGAAUUCCCCGCUGGAGCGACAGAAAAGGAACAGGUCCCCAACUCCUGACGGCCGGCCCUCAGUUUCUUGAGCGGCGGGAUAGGAGAUGCCCGCGUCCACGGAAUUGUAGACGUGAGGUCGGGCACACCCGGGGGCCCGUGGGGCCGUCGCGGGUACAUCCGGAACGACGUGACUGAGUCACCCUCCUGACCCCACCCCCGCUAGCGUGCGCUGGUCCAGCUGGUCCGCCCCGUCUCUCUGGUUCGCCACUCGGCUUCCACCACCACCCUAGCAGCGCUCGGCCGGCGGGGGCGGGGGCGAGGGGCGGGGCGCCUAGGGGGCGGGGCUGCCUCUUAAAGGGCCCCCUGCAGCUGCCCUUAGGCCACUUCCUGGGGGCGGAGAGGGCUUAAGCGGUUGCAGCGAAACCGAAGAAGGCGUCGGCGCCCGGGUCCCGAGACUCCCGGCUACUUCCAUCGGAGUCCUCGGACAUUCCCAGCUUUUACUGAACGUGCUUCUACGGUCCCCAGAUACAGAGGCACCCCCCGCCAUCGGCUCCGGUAGCCUCGCCUCCAUCUCCUGGGACCCGCGCCGGAGUCAGGCAAGGCAAGGCCUCAAACUGGUCCGCGGAGCCCUGCGUGGACUUGCCCACGGUGACAGCGAUCUGCCCGAGAAGCUGGACCCUUCAGAGUCGGCCUUGUGCUCGCCACCGUCACCUGCUGGUUGGAUUCUGGAAAGCCACUGUCUGAAGACCACAGAAAGGAAUCGCUGACCACCCAGAAUCGGAUCUCUAUCUCCCAUACCUCUCUGACUUCCCUCUGCUCUUUUCAUCGGUUCUCUCGACCUUUCCGGCAUCUCUGUGCCCAGAAACCAUCCCCCACCACCAAGGCAGCUAGGGUGAGCCCCAAAUCUUGCUGCCUUGUACUCCAAUCUGUGCCUCCCACUCAGAGACAGUCUGAACCUUACCACCCAGUUCUGCAUACAUCCAGGAAGUUCUGCCUUUUCUUCUCUUUCGGUGUCUUAUAUACUCCUCAAAAUUUCUCCUCCUCCUGUGCCCUCUUCGCCCCCCUCCUUCGGGGGCCCCGUGACCCUGAAUGUCGGGGGCACGCUAUAUUCCACCACGUUGGAGACCUUGACUCGAUUCCCAGACUCCAUGUUGGGGGCCAUGUUUAGGGCUGGUACCCCCAUGACCCCCAACCUCAAUCCCCAGGGAGGUGGCCACUACUUCAUCGAUCGAGAUGGCAAGGCCUUCCGGCACAUCCUCAAUUUCCUCCGGCUGGGCCGCCUAGACCUGCCCCUUGGAUAUGGGGAGACAGCACUUCUGAGGGCAGAGGCUGACUUUUACCAGAUCCGACCCCUCCUGGAUGCCCUGCGAGAACUGGAGGCCUCUCGGGGGACCCCAGCUCCCACAGCCGCCCUGCUCCAUGCAGACGUAGAUAGCAGCCCCCGCCUGGUGCACUUCUCUGCUCGUCGAGGCCCACACCACUAUGAGCUGAGUUCUGUCCAGGUGGACACCUUCCGGGCCAAUCUCUUCUGCACCGAUCCUGAAUGUCUGGGUGCCCUGCGGGCCCGAUUUGGUGUAACCAAUGAGGACAGGGCAGAGGGAGGCCCACACUUCCAUCUGGAAUGGGCCCCCCGCCCCACAGAACUCCCCGAAGUGGAAUACCGCAGACUAGGGCUGCAGCCACUGUGGACCGGGGCACCAGGAGAGCCACGGGAGGUGGUGGGCACACCCAGCUUCCUGGAGGAGGUGCUGCGGGUGGCUCUGGAACACGGCUUCCGUCUCGACUCUGUCUUCCCUGACCCUGAAGACCUGCUCAACUCCCGAUCUCUGCGCUUUGUUCGGCACUAGGAACUGAGACCUGGGAAUGCUGCCCUCAGUUUGAC